GUCGCGAGUCUAGGAAAGCGGCGGGAAGUUCGUACUGCGCUGUGGACGGCGAGUUGGCGGCUCUGGUGAAAAUGCCCCGUGUGAAAGCAGCUCAGGCUGGAAGACAGGGACCUGCAAAGAGGCGCCUUGCAGAGCAGUUUGCCGCUGGAGAGAUCAUAACCGACAUGUCUAGAAAGGAAUGGAAACUAGGAUUGCCUAUUGGCCAAGGUGGCUUCGGCUGCAUCUAUCUGGCGGACACAAAUUCUUCCAAACCGGUUGGCAGUGACGCGCCCUGUGUUGUGAAAGUGGAACCCAGUGACAAUGGACCUCUUUUCACUGAAUUAAAGUUCUACCAGAGGGCGGCCAAACCGGAGCAAAUUCAGAAAUGGAUUCGGACACAUAAAUUGAAGUACCUUGGUGUUCCUAAGUAUUGGGGAUCUGGUCUACAUGAUAAAAAUGGAAAAAGUUACAGGUUUAUGAUAAUGGACCGCUUUGGGAGUGACCUUCAGAAAAUAUAUGAAGCAAAUGCCAAAAGGUUUUCUCGGAAAACUGUCUUGCAGCUAAGCUUAAGAAUUCUGGAUAUUCUGGAGUACAUCCACGAGCAUGAGUACGUGCACGGUGACAUCAAGGCCUCCAACCUUCUUCUGAGUUACAAGAACCCUGACCAGGUGUAUUUGGUCGACUAUGGACUUGCUUAUCGGUACUGCCCAGAUGGAGUUCAUAAAGAGUACAAGGAAGAUCCCAAAAGGUGCCACGAUGGCACCCUGGAGUUCACCAGCAUUGAUGCACACAAUGGCGUGGCCCCAUCACGACGUGGCGAUUUGGAAAUACUUGGUUAUUGCAUGAUCCAGUGGCUCAGUGGCUCUCUUCCUUGGGAGGAUAAUUUGAAAGACCCUAACUAUGUUAGAGAUUCCAAAAUUAGAUACAGAGACAAUGUCACAGCUUUGAUGGAGAAAUGCUUUCCUGAGAAAAACAAGCCAGGUGAGAUUGCUAAGUACAUGGAGUCUGUGAAGCUACUGGACUACACUGAAAAACCUCUCUAUCAGAACCUACGUGACAUCCUUUUGCAAGGACUGAAAGCUAUAGGAAGUAAAGACGAUGGCAGACUGGACUUGAGUGCUGUGGAGAACGGAACUGUGACGACAAAGCCAGCCUCAAAGAAGCGGAAGAAAGAAGCAGAGGAGAGCACGGUGUGUGCUGUGGAAGACAUGGAGUGCACAGACGCACAGGGCACGCAGGAAGCCGUGCAGACGCGAAGUGAGGAGUCCCAAGGAGCAGUACAUGGAAGCACGUCUCAGCCAGAGGCGGGCUGCAGCAGCUCUGACAGUUCACGAACCAGAAAGAAAGCCCAGAAGUAAAUGAGAUGCCAGGAGCCGUCUUCUCUGCCUGGUCACUUGCCUUUUUUCUCCUUUUCUGUUUUAUCUUUUAUUUUCAUUUGAGUCUUCUGGAGUGUUAGUAAUAAUUGAGUGGCUAUUUUUUUUUGAAAAACAAACAUUAUUAAAGUGAAUAUUUUGUGUACUUUAUUGAAGGAUAAUUUAUAAAAUCUCAAAUCCUUAGUCGUCACAACCUGUGUGGUUUGGGGCUUGGGAGCGUAUGCUGGCCCUGGCUGCUCUGAACCUCCCGGAUCGCACAGAGCGCACAGCAGGCUCCUUGCUUUUAAAGAAUGAAGAACUUAAAAUAAAAGUCUCUUUGCUUGAUGUAGUAUACAAGUUGUUGGGACAAUAAAGUCUGGUCUGCAUGC